CCUGGCCAACAUAAAGCAAAGCAGUGCGACACAGAGUUACACAUAAUUAAACGUACAGUCAAUAACACAAUAUAAUAAUUGAUAUAAUAAAUAAAUGAUUACCUUGCACUUUGAACUGAAAUCUUUGUAAUUUGUCAGAAUGAGAGGUGAGUGAGGAACUACCCAUUGGUGUACAGAAGUAGGAUCUUCAUUUGAGCCAGUUUGCUACAGCAGGAAAAUAAUCCUACAGCAAGAGGAAAUGGGAACUAUGUGGAUUAAAAUUAAUGGACAUUUUUUUUCGGUGUUAACACAUUGACAUUACAAGUUGGAAAUUACAACAUUCAGAAGCCUUUUUAAACCUAAAAUAAAACUACACAUUUUAACAUUUCCUGCAUUGCAAGAAAGUAGUUUCAGGUGAAACAGGAUAUGAUCCUACUAUGACCGUGAUAAAUUAAAGGGAUAGUUCGAUAUGUCUCUGCGUUCGAAGGAAGUUUUGCGAGCAUGUUAGCUGUUCCCAUAGACUUCCAUUAAUUGCGCUAAAGCUAGUUAGGAACAGACUCAGAGACAUACAAAUUGUAUUCACAAGUUCAUCUGCUUCUGGAGAAGCACGGAUUCAUUGCCAAAAUCCUAACUAUCCCUUUAAGGACUAAUAUAGGAUUUCCAUAGGAAUAAACCUUGUGGGAGGGCAAAAGAUGGCAUUUGACUUUUGUUUCACUGAAAACUGCAACAGCCACACCCAGUGGAUUGGUACACCUCACCUGUCUCCAAUAGUACUAACACGUUGUUCAAACAGGAGCGAGGAGUAACAUACGGAGAGGACACUAUUCAAGAGGAAAGGUCAGGAAGGAAAGUGACACAUUUUCAGAAGAUAUGUCUCAAAGAGCAAGACAUUCUGGUAGGGGCUUUACUGGUAGUCCUUAUACCAGGAACAGGGGAAACCGUGAAGCACUGUCCUGUUCAUCAGGACACUAGACCACGAAGGAUUAGAGACCAAAUGGGAGGGGAUAUACUAACAGGCCUAACACCAGGAACAGGGGAAACCUUGAAGACCUGUCUGUUCACCAGUUCCCUAGACCUCAAGGAAUCAGACAAAACGCUGGCACUCAAGGAAUAUUCGCACCCAAAAGGCACCUGUCAAACAUAAUUGUCUCCCUCUUGCAACCACUGUCCAUUGUAGAAGAUGCUGGUUUCCAGGCAUUUGUGGAUGCCAUAAAACAACCUGGCACCCUCAUUCCAAAGGAGACAUUUUCUAUUCGAAAAGACCUUCUCAGAAUGUACAAUAAGACAAGGCAGAAGAAUCCCUUGCCUUGGCUCAUGACAUUGUCUUAGCAGCUGAACUGUGGGUUGCAAGAGCAGAAGAGUCUUAUCUGACAGUGACUUGCCAUGUCAUCGACAGAGAAUGGAACCUCAAUUCCUACGUAUUGGAAACAACUAAAGUCCUGGGUGAAGAUACGUCAGUCGACAUCGUAAAACAACUGUUAGGAAUUGCAAACGACUGGGGAAUAAAAGAAAAGAUUCACACCAUGGUGACAAACAUAGAUGGAUCCAUGAGAGAAGAUAUUUCUAGAAAUGGAUGGACACACAUUCCUUGCUUUGCCCACACUUUAAACCUGGUGUUCAAAGAUACAUUGAUGGAGGAUCCUGUUCUUGAGGCAAUGCUGAGGAAGUGUCAGAAGAUUGUGAGGUUCUUCCACAACGACAUAGAAGCUGAGAAAAAGCUAAAAGAGGCUCAAAUCCAACAACAGUUGCCUCAUCAUGGCCUGAUCCAGUCUGUUGGUGAUGGAUGGUUCUCUUGCUUCCACAUGCUGAAGAGACUUGCUGAGCAAUACAUGGCUAUCAACACGGUGCUUAGCCAAAGGCAAGAGUUCGACCUCUGUCUUAAUGGAUCUGACAUAACUAAAGCCUCCAGUGCGGUAGCAGCCCUUCAGCCUUUCAAAGAUGUGACAGAGGAGAUGUCACAGAGAUGUAAAGACAUCUCUAAUAAUCGGCAGUACUACCUCCUCUCCAACAGCAUUCCUCUGGUCGAAGAACUUCAGACCAAAAUCAGCAAAGAACAGAGGGGAAACGAUGUAGCUAAUCACUUAGCCAAGCAAUGCAAAAUUCAUUUUGGUGAUUUGAAGAAGAGCCAACGACUAGUCCUUACCACAGCCCUGGACCCAAGGUUCAAAAACCUCAUACUGAAUGUCAACGACAGUGAAAGUGCUAAUCACUUUCUAACUAAAUUGCUUAAAGAUCUCAAAGCGAUUUCAUCUCCACUGAUAGUUUCAUCCGAUGUACCGAACUUAGUUCAACUGCUGAAACAGUACAGUGAACACAGCUCAAUUCCAGAGAAGGAAAACCCACUAGCAUGGUGGAGAUUUGAAGGAUCUGUGAAAUUCAAGGAUCUGAGCAGGGUAGCCCUUAGAAACCUUGGUGUGGUUUCUACAGCGAUCCCAUUGGAUAGGGCUUUCCAUGAGACAGAUAAAAUGUUCUACAGCAGACGAAGUUGCCUGGAGCCAGAGAAUAUCAACAUCAUACUGUUUCUGAACAGCAACUACACUCCUUAGUUGUAAAGAGGGUCAGUAGUGGUCACAUGAUUAUCUUUUAAAUUAGAACAAAUUAUGGUUUAGCGUUCUGAGCUGCUUCCUCUAGAAUUGAUAUGGCGCUGCCAGCAUGCGUUCGAAUCAAGCCCAUUGCUCUUUCAGCACUCACUCUUACCUUGCCUAUCUGAUAAACAAUCAUCAAAUCAAAUGUAUUUAUAUAUCCCUUCGUAUAUCAGCUGACAUCUCAAAGUGCUGUACAGAAGCCCAGCCUAAAAACCCAAAACAGCAAGCAAUGCAGGUGUAGAAGC